UCAUUUGAAUCUGUAGGUCAUCACAUCCAGAGGCGGCAGAUUCCUAGAAGCUCCGGUUUCGGGCAGCCAGCAGCUUUCCAAUGACGGUAUGCUGGUCAUUGUUGCUGCAGGAGACCGCAGUGUUUAUGAAGACUGUAGCAGCUGCUUCCAGGCAAUGGGGAAGACGUCUUUCUUCAUAGCAGGGGAAGCAGGAAAUGCUGCACGAAUGAUGCUGAUCCUUAACAUGGUUCAAGGCAGUUUCAUGGCAACCAUCGCAGAGGGAUUGACCUUGGCGCAGGCCACGGGACAGUCACAACAAACAUUCUUGGAUAUUCUUUGCCAAGGACAAAUGGCAAGCACGUUUGUGGACCAGAAAUGCCAGAAUAUCUUGCAGGGCAACUUCAAACCUGAUUACUACCUGAAACAUAUUCAGAAAGAUCUGAGAUUAGCUAUUUCAAUGGGAGAUUCGGUUAAUCAUCCAACACCAAUGGCGGCUGCUGCAAAUGAGAUUCUGUAA